AUGACACAAGAACAUGCAUGUCAUAAAACCCUAGAAAAUGAUUUGAAAAUCGCACAGUUAGUUAAAGAGAUGAAAUUUUUGUUGCAUAUCGCAUUUUACGAGAUGGAUGGAGUUGCUGUUUUUGGUGAGGAUGACGGGUUGAGAGAUGUGAAGGAUAUCGUAUCCCUGAUAUGA